CCUAGUUUUAGUUUUUAUGUACCUGGUUUAACUUUUUUUUACCUGGUUGUAUCAUACACAUAACGGUUAAACACUAAUACAGAGAUGCAUGGUUUGCAAUCGUUGUGAUUAAUAAUUUAGCAUUUCUUAUAAAUUUUGCAAGCAGUAUAGCUGUUUGCACUGAGCCGAGCAAAGUUCAGCAAACUGUUCCUCUGAGGUUUAUUUUGCACUGAGAAACUAUGUGUGUUUUCCAGUUCCAACCAAAUAAGAGUCAUAUAUUAUCACCAUAUUUUACAUCACCUCAUGGCCUUCAUUACUUGGCUUCACUGUGAGCAUUGUACUUUCAUACUUAUCUGAUUUAAAAUCCAUAGUACUCCAAUCAUAUUAUUAUGGUACUAUUUUUCAGUUCUGUUAGUGGAGAUGGUUUUUUCAUCUGUUCACACUGACAUCUUCUUCCUUAGUUGUUUGUUUUUGCUCCUGUUGCCCUGGGUGAAUGAGUUUGCAUGACGAUCAACUUAAACUCUGUAUACAGGUGGUAAAGUGCUCAUCAAACAACUGCUAUACACAAAGUGCCUCCUAAAACACAAAACAACAGAUCUACAGUGUUUCUCAUGGAGCUACUGCAGGCUAUCAGGCUCAACUACAAGGCCCAUUCCUCCUCCUCAUGCCGGAGGAGAAGUUCUAUCAGCUCAGAUUUUGCAGACGAGGAAAUGUCAGACUACGGAGGGCCACAAAGGCCCGGUUCUCCUACCUACACAUGAAGUACCUGUUUUUUUCCUGGUUGGCUGUUUUUGUGGGAAGCUGGGUGGUGUACGUGGAAUACUCUUCAUACACAGAGCUGUGCCGUGGACAUGAGUGCAAGAACUCUAUUUGCGAUAAAUUCCAGAAGGGGGUGAUCGAUGGUUCAGCCUGCAACAGCUUGUGUGAGAAGGACACUCUUUAUUUGGGAAAGUGUCUCUCUGCCAAACCCAGCAAUCAGGUAUAUUCCGGCAGUUGGGGGGAUAUGGAAGGAAUCAUUAAGUGCCAGAUGGAAGAGGACCCUCAUUACGAUUUGGGUGCAGAACUGGAGCCCCGAAAAGAAUCCGCCUCCUUUAACAGGCCAACCAAAGGGACAUCAAUGGAGAAGUUCAAAGAGAUGGUCUUCAGCCAUCUAAAGGCAAAAGUAGGAGACCAAGCCAACUUAGCAGAUUUGGUGACCCUUGUACUUGGAGUUGCAGACAGCAACAAGGAUGGACAGAUCUCCCUGUCAGAAGCACAUUCAGCUUGGGCUUUACUGCAGCUGAAUGAAUUCCUGCUGUCCAUCGUGCUGCAGGAGCGAGAGCACACUCCCAGACUGCUGGGCUUCUGUGGGGACUUGUAUGUGAUGGAGAAGGUGCCUUACGUACCGCUCUAUGGCGUCAGCCUUCCAUGGAUGGUAGAGCUGUGGAUUCCAGCCAGCAUGCGACGGAGCAUCGACCAGUGGGCCGCCCCAUCCUGGCCUCGCAAGGCUAAGAUAGCCAUCGGUCUGUUUGAGCUCGUUGAGGACCUCUUUCACGGCACAUUCGGAAGUUUCCUCAUGUGCGACAUAAGUGCCGCGGGGUUUGGUUAUACAGAGCGCCACGAUAUAAAGGUGGUAGAUGCAAGGCGUAUUCUUCCUGAAGCUGCUUUUCAGGAAGUGAUGCGUGAAAGAAGGUGCGAAGAGGACAGUGACUGUAUGUACGGACGGGACUGUCUCACUUCCUGUGACCUCACUAAGCACCGCUGCACUACAGAGGUCACACAGCCUAAUCUGGCGAAAGUAUGUAGCACACUGAAGGACUAUCUUCUGUAUGGAGCACCAUCAGACAUUAAAGACGAACUGGACAAACAGUUGUAUGCCUGUAUUGCUCUCAAAGGCGCCAGCGAACAGAUGGAAAUGGAACAUUCCUUGAUUCUCAACAACCUCAAAACUCUGCUUUGGAAGAAGAUAUCUCACACAAAGGACUCAUAAUGAUAUAUAGAACUACGUUAUUGUUCUUAUACAGAACACAAGAGAUAUGAAGAAGAGACUGGUAUUGGACCAUCCCUGAUUUGCCUAAUAUAAUUUCGCCUGCAUUUGCAGAGUACUGUCGAUAUAGCCUUUGUGGCACCUUUUUUUGUUACAUUGCCCAAUCUUGACUCAGUCCCAAAAUAUAAAAGCUUAGGCUGCAGAGAGAUACUGCCUCUGCUAAUGCAUGUCCUCCACUGCCAAGAGAAAAUGCCAAAUUUUAAUUCUUCCUGCGGAUUCUUGUUCAGGAAACUGAGACAAUCAGGCUGUGUCUAGUCCAGAGGUUUUCAAACUGAGACAGAGGACACCUGUUUGACAGAAUAAAUGUUUUAUUUUUACAAAAUGUAUUUUUAGGGGAGAUUAAAGAUAAAAUAAAUUUAGAAAUAAGUUUAACAAUUUAAAUCUAUACAUUUUAUUUUAAAGGCGUAUACAUAUAUUAUUACUAUUCGGCAGAGAAAAAAAAAGGUUCUGAACCUAAUACAAAGUAAAUACUGUAAAUAUAAUCUUUUAAUAAUUUGCUUUGGCUUUAGUACAGUGAUAACAUUUCUUUAUGCAUGAAAAUACACGUCAUUUUGACAGGGAUAAUUUAGGAAUCACUUGGCAUCAGAAAUUUUGAAAACCCCUGCUCUAGUCUGCAGAUGAUAUACAAUCCAGAUUUCAGAACACUUCAAUCUUUUCUGUUGAACUACAAAUGAUCUGAAAAUUAUUUGCAUGAAUUAUAAAUUUUCAGACUGAACACUAUUACCCAAUACAAAAGGUUAGAAAAAUUAUGCUGUCAAUUUUGUCGAACUACAACAAACAAAACUAAUUUUAAUUAUUCAUGUUCUAAAGAGACAAGACCUGUGCAUAAAAGUUUAAACGCUACUUUUAAUAGGACAUUUUCAGUUAAUGUCAUGCAAGUGCUUAGUUUUUACAUUUAAUCUUAGUUUUUGAAUGCAUUGGUAUACACACUUAUACCCUUAAGUUAGGACUCAGGGCCCUUUACGACAUUUAAAAGUAUAUUUUGAACUUCAAGUCUGACCGUUUUUGGUUUAUUCACUAAUUCAGAGAAGAGUGUUGAUUGAAGUAUUGUGGACAGAAAGAAAAGGUUAUGCCAUUGUUUGUUUAAUUCUGUAAAUUCUAAUGGUUUCCCUAAAGUCAUAGAUGCUACGACAAAGAAAUAUGCAUAAAUCAUCCUAAACAUUUGCAAAUCAUGCACAGCCUCCCAACUCAAUGUGACAAGCAAUUAGACAGACACAAGAGUCUUUUUUUAUAUUUAUUAGAACAAACGAAUUCUGCACAAAUGAGGAGAAAA